AUGCAGUGCGAGGCUGCAUCUGGCACUUGUCAACGUCUGGUGGAGUUGCAGUGCGAGGCUGCAUCUGGCACUUGUCAACGCCUGGUGGAGACGCAGUGCGAGGAUGCAUCUGGCCCUUGUCAAUGCCUGGUGGAGACGCAGUGCGAAGCUGCAUCUGGCCCUUGUCAACGUCUGGUGGAGACGCAGUGCGAGGAUGCAUCUGGCCCUUGUCAACGUCUGGUGGAGACGCAGUGCGAGGCUGCAUCUGGCACUUGUCAACGCCUGGUGGAGACGCAGUGCGAGGCUGCAUCUGGCACUUGUCAACGCCUGGUGGAGACGCAGUGCGAGGCUGCAUCUGGCAAUUGUCAACGUCUGGUGGAGACGCAUUGCGAGGCUGCAUCUGGCACUUGUCAACGCCUGGUGGAGACGCAGUGCGAGGAUGCAUCUGGCACUUGUCAACGUCUGGUGGAGACGCAGUGCGAGGCUGCAUCUGGCACUUGUCAACGCCUGGUGGAGACGCAGUGCGAGGCUGCAUCUGGCAAUUGUCAACGUCUGGUGGAGACGCAGUGCGAGGCUGCAUCUGGCAAUUGUCAACGCCUGGUGGAGACGCAGUGCGAGGAUGCAUCUGGCCCUUGUCAACGUCUGGUGGAGACGCAGUGCGAGGCUGCAUCUGGCAAUUGUCAACGCCUGGUGGAGACGCAGUGCGAGGCUGCAUCUGGCAAUUGUCAACGUCUGGUGGAGACGCAGUGCGAGGCUGCUUCUGGCAAUUGCCAACGUCUGGUGGAGACGCAGUGCGAGGAUGCAUCUGGCACUUGUCAACGUCUGGUGGAGACGCAGUGCGAGGCUGCAUCUGGCACUUGUCAACGCCUGGUGGAGACGCAGUGCGAGGCUGCAUCUGGCAAUUGUCAACGUCUGGUGGAGACGCAGUGCGAGGCUGUAUCUGGCAAUUGUCCACGCCUGUCAAAAAUCAAAAUCACACUUUGUCUUCGUGACUAUCCCGUUAUAUAUACAACAAUUUAUUUUACUCUGUAG